AUGGAUUUGAAUUCUUCUCCUUCCAACUACACAAUUCCUGUGAAUGGAACAAUUCCGGUUGCUUCCACGUUCGCCAGUGCCACCGCGCCUUUCGAGAACCCUCCGCCGGCCAACGGUUCAGGCGACCGGAAACCCAUCGCCCUGUGGCCGGGGAUGUAUCAUUCGCCGGUGACCACGGCUCUGUGGGAGGCGCGGAGCCAAAUUUUCGAGAGGCUUCUUGACCCUCCGAGGGAUGCUCCUCCGCAGAGUGAAUUGCUCACCAGAACCCCCUCGCAGAGCAGGACCAGCAUUUUGUAUAACUUCUCAUCUGAUUUUGUGCUCAGAGAACAGUAUAGGGAUCCCUGGAAUGAGGUCCGAAUUGGGAAGUUGCUCGAAGAUCUUGAUGCUGUGGCUGGAACUAUUUCGGUCAAGCACUGUUCUGAUGAAGCUAGCACAACGAGACCACUUAUAGUUGUCACUGCUUCUGUCGAUAAGAUUGUACUAAAGAAGCCAAUUAGUGUUGACAUUGAUCUCAAAAUAGUUGGUUCUGUUAUAUGGGUUGGUCACUCCUCAAUAGAGAUUCAACUGGAGGUUACUCAGUCCAAUGAAGAGGGCAAUGAUGCAGACUCCAUAGCACUAACGGCCAACUUCAUAUUUGUUGCUCGAGACUCAAAAACUGGGAAAGCUGCUCCAGUGAAUCGACUUUCGCCAGAAACAGCUCAUGAAAAAAUUCUUUUUGAACAAGCUGAAGCAAGAAGUAAUUUGAGAAAAAGGAAAAGAGGAGGGGAAAAGAGAGAGUUCGAGGAUGGGGAGAGAAAUAGACUUAAGGCCCUUUUGGCUGAAGGAAGAAUCUUUUGUGACAUGCCAGCUUUAGCUGACAGAGACAGCAUUCUUCUAAAGGAUACCAGUCUUGAGAACGCCCUAAUAUGCCAGCCACAGCAAAGGAACAUCCAUGGGCGAAUAUUUGGAGGUUUCUUGAUGCAUCGUGCAUUUGAAUUGGCUUUCUCAACAGCAUAUGCCUUUGCUGGAUUAGUUCCUUGCUUUCUAGAAGUUGACCAUGUUGAUUUCCUAAGACCUGUAGAUGUAGGGGACUUUUUGCGUCUCAAAUCUUGUGUUCUGUACACGGAGGUUCACGAUCCAGAUCAGCCACUUAUCAAUGUUGAAGUUGUUGCUCAUGUUACACGACCUGAGUUGCGUUCUAGUGAGGUAUCAAAUACUUUCCAUUUCACUUUCACAGUACGUCCAGAAGCUAGGGCGACAACAAAUGGAUUUAAACUUCGAAAUGUAGUACCGGCCACGGAGGAGGAAGCUCGCCGAAUAUUAGAGCGCAUAGAUGCUGACAACUUGAAUGAGUUCUUUAGAACAUAA